AAAGAAUUAGCAGAUCUAAAAAUUUUUUUGUAUUUGAUAAUUACAUCAGUGAAAGUCCAUUUUGUCAAUUUUUUUAUUAGGUGCCGUAUUAUUGAUUUUCACAAGUCAACUGGUCCUUCAGGUACACACCCUCGUUUAUUUGAAUGGAUCCUAAACUAUUAUUCUUUAGAGAGGGAAGGGAAUUCCAAGGUAGUAUGGACAUCUAAACCUCCUAUCUAUCUCCAGCAUCAAGGUCAUAGUCGGACAAUUGUUGGAAUUGAAGAGAGAAAAAACAGAACAUUAUGUUUAUUGAUAUUUGAUCCUGGAUGUCCUUCUCGAGAAAUGCAGAAAUUAUUACAGCAAGACAUAGAGGCUAGCAGUCUCAAGCAACUUCGGAAAUUUGUGGGAAAUUUAAAGCAUAAGCAAUACCAGAUAGUGGCAGUAGAGGGUACUCUUACUUCAGAGGAGAAAGUUGCCAGGAGACAAGCUUCUCAAGUCUUCACAGCAGAGAAGAUUCCUUGAAGAAUUGAGUAUUUUAAUGAUUGUGGAAUUAUACUUUGUUUUCCUAAUUCAGAUAUUGAACUCCUUAAUAAAAUUUAAGAAUCUGAAUUCUCUAAGUACUCAACAUAUAAUUUAAUUUCCAAAAUGCCUUUAUUAAAUUAUACCUGUAGUACUUUCUUAUUUAGUAAUUAUUUCAAUAAAAUGUCUCAUUUGCAUUAUG